UAGAAAAUGUAAAGAAUGACAAUGUAUUAAAGUUUGUCAUAACUUAUAAAUUAUUUUGAAAUGGCUUGACAUCCGAAAUAUACAAAAUAAAAUUUUAAAAAUCUUAAAGUGACAUAUACAAAAAACUCUGCAAAUCAUAACAUAUAAUGUUUCCGACUAACGUAGUUUCUAAAGCAAUAAAUUUAUGGGAGAGCGUCCUCGGUUCUUCCAAAGUUUUAAUGAGCAAUGGCUUGUCAUAUCGUGGUUAUGCCAAGAAAAGGGAUGAUGGUUGCCGAAGAGCCUGUGCCGAUAUUCCGCCUGAAAGAGACCCUGUUUGUCCCAUUCCGUGUGAUAGAAGGGGCACAAAGAAAGAAGGCAUCCUGCACAGGAUCAAACUGAGGUUAAUAGAUGGUGGAACGAACUUCGGGACGCCCUUUCGUUACCUCCAAGACGACAAGUAUGUCUGUAAAGAAAUCGAGGUUCCGGAACCGAAGGCGUUACCUGCGCCCGUUGAGGAGAAGCCUUGCAUACAGGAGACUCGGUCCGGGGUGCAAGUGGCGGUGCUCGGGGCGGACACGAGUAUAGGACAAUAUGUUUCACUGUUGUUGAAGCAGUGUCCUUGUAUAAAGAAAUUACGUUUGUACGAAGCGAGGGAUACAAGUACAGGAUGUAGUCGUGAGCUCUGUCAAGUUGUUCAUGACUUGCAGCAUAUUGAUACCAAUUGUCUGGUGCAGGCGUAUAGCUGUGCGUGUCAUGAUUUGGAUAGAUGCUUACAGAAUUCUGAUAUUGUCUUGAUGCUAGAAAGCGGCUACUUAAGUAUGGAUAUGCCUAUGGAAACUAGAUUCAACUAUCAAGCACCAAUAGUAAAAAAAUAUGCUGAUGCUAUCGCCAAAGAAUGUCCAAAUGCAUUUAUCUUAGUCUGCGCCUCGCCUAUAGACUGCAUGGUGCCUUUGAUUGCUGAGACGUUAAAGGAGACCGGUUGGUACAAUCCUCGUAAACUACUAGGAUCUUUGGCGGUUCCUGAGAUGAGAGCCAGUACUCUUGCAGCAAGAGCGCUGAGCUUGGAGCCAUGUUAUGUAAAUGUACCAUGUGUUGGUGGCACUGAAGGGGAUGCCUUAGUGCCACUUUUCUCAAAAGCCUUAGAAUAUUUCGAAUUCAGUGAGCAAAACGCUGAAAUGAUGACGAAUACAGUUCGAUGCGCUCCAGAAGCCGUGGCCAAGUCUGAUUGCAAUUGUGUUAGAUCUGCUGAGCUCAGUGAGGCGCACGCACUCGCCGGCUUGGUCACUAAAGUGGCUUGGGCUUUGCUGUGCAGAGAUGUGCCGCAGAUGUCUGGCUUUGUUGAGACUGAUCCGUGUCAAAUUAUCUCUCCAGCGAGAUAUAUCGCCAAUGUUGUGGAGAUAACUGGAACAGGGAUCAUAAGAAGCGUUGGUCUUCCUAAAAUAACGGAUUCUGAGAUAAGACGCGUGGAUAUAGCAUUGAACGAACUUUAUAGGAAACAAAAAAUGACUAUGGACUGGUACACUAAAUAUUGCAGCUCAACCCCGAACCUUGACGCUUGUCAAGUCAACUUCUUCACGACCAAAUAUUAUGAACACUUCGAUGACUGCGCUUAUGGAUCUAUAUGAUUGUUACUUUGUUUUAUUAUAUUAAAUUCACUAUUAGAGGUUCAUUUAUUGUUGUGUGAAAAUACUCAAUAUGUCGUCUAUGGUUUUAAUAAAUUGUAGUAUUUA